AUGAAUGUGUCAACCAUGAAUCAGAGUCAACAGCAGCAACAGCAACAACAACAUCAUUCCGUUCAAUUUAAAUGGAAACGAAAGAGUGGUAAUGGUGGACAUUCUCUCGUUCAGCAACAGUCAGCAAUCACAACAACAAUGAAUUCUGUUCAAGAAUCCAAUUCAACAAAGAAUACGACUCAUUCAAAAAAGAGAACCUUUGAUUGUGCUGUAUUAACCUCGAAUCACAUCAUUCUUUCCGUGUAUGGUAUUGAAUCAUCCUCCACUUCGACCUUAAUUUCCAUUCACUUGACCAAUUUCAAAAUUCAAACUUUGGCUAAAUGGAAUCGAUUAACAACUACUUUCAAUUUGACCAUUACAGAUCUCGAAAAUGAAUAUUCACAACGACAAGUGAAUCCUCCAAAUAGACUCUUCUUUGACGUGAGACCACAAGGUUCUCAUGUGCAUUUUACAUGUUGUCAUCUUGAAGAGAGAGAACUUGUUGUUGCAGAAGAACGUGAUCACAUCAUCUCUACUUCCAAUCAUCAUUCUCAAAAUUUAUUGGACUUGGAACAAUCAUGUUUUGAAUAUACAGUCCCUGUCAUGGUUGGAACGAGAAAUUUACAAGUCGAUUUCACAUGUUUGGGUUCUGAAUAUUGGCUCAUGUCUGGAACUGAAAAACAAAAGCUACGAACCGAGUUGGUACAUUUGAAAAGCGGUCAGAAAAUUGAAAAUUCUACAAAUCCAUUGGCCAUGUAUAUGGUUGAAAAGGAUGCCAAGUUGGUAGGAUUACUCAGUGUGGAAAUUUAUGAAAAUCAUGAAAUGAGUUUCUGUCCAUUAAUCCAAAAUGAAAUUGGAUCAUCAUCACAUGAUUCGCCACAGAAUGAACAUGGGCUCAUUCCACAACAGGUUGAAACAUCAACCACUGCUGUCAUUGGAAUUCCAAUUUGGCGCACAAAAAUUGACGACUUGUCCAAAUUUUCAUACCAACCCAAUGUUCAAAACAUUCUACUACAAGAUCGACUCUAUGUGGUCGUGAGUGGAGGACAUGGAAUUUUCCUCUAUUGCCUUAAUAUUCAAAAUGGAAAUUUAAUAUGGAAACAAUGCUUGAUUGAAAGUACUGCCACUUCUCACUUUUCACAUUUUGAUGUUUCCUGCACACUGAAACGACAAGUUUGUACCAACACAAAAGGAUCAUCGAUUUGUAUUGUUGGAACGUUGGAAGAAGUGGCAUAUUUCUUGAUGGAGUUCGAUGCGGAGAGUGGAGAGUCUCGGAGUUUGGAACGGAAGGAAUACUUACAUGGAUGGUCGAAUCAUGAAAAUCUCGUGGAACAAACACAACAAGCGUUGACCAGGCUAAAGAUUCAAAAUGAUGACCAUUCGGAGGAUGAUGGAAUGACAACUACUCAUUCUUCACUCCUUCAACACAAGAAGUGUGUCAUUUGCUAA